UUGGCCGAGGCAGCGCAGGCGGUGCAGCUCGGCCGGCUUGCCGUUCCUCUCCCUUUCUCUCAGCAUCUUCCUGGUAGCCUGCCUGUAGGUGAAGUAGCACCAGCAGCAUCCAUGGCCUGUCUUUUGGGUUAACACUUAUCUCCUUUGGCUUCGGCAGCGGACGCAAUAGACCUCAGCAGCGGCGUGGUGAGGACUUAGCUGGGACCUGGAAUCGUAUCCUCCUGUGUUUUUUCAGACUCCUUGGAAAUUAAGGAAUGCAAUUCUGCCACCAUGAUGGAAGGAUUGAAAAAACGUACAAGGAAGGCCUUUGGAAUACGGAAGAAAGAAAAGGACACUGAUUCUACAGGUUCACCAGAUAGAGAUGGAAUUCAGGGGAAAAAAAAGACCCAGAAGACUCAGCUUCUCCUCACCUCUUGCUUCUGGCUCAGAGCCCUCUCGUUAACUCUGUCUCAGAAGAAAAGCAAUGGGGCACCAAAUGGAUUUUAUGCGGAAAUUGAUUGGGAAAGAUAUAACUCACCUGAGCUGGAUGAAGAAGGCUACAGCAUCAGACCCGAGGAACCCGGCUCUACCAAAGGAAAGCACUUUUAUUCUUCGAGUGAAUCGGAAGAAGAAGAAGAAUCACAUAAGAAAUUUAAUAUCAAGAUUAAACCAUUGCAAUCUAAAGACAUUCUUAAGAAUGCUGCAACUGUAGAUGAAUUGAAGGCAUCAAUAGGCAACAUCGCACUUUCCCCAUCACCAGUGAGGAAAAGUCCGAGGCGCAGCCCGGGUGCAAUUAAAAGGAACUUAUCCAGUGAAGAAGUGGCAAGACCCAGGCGUUCCACACCAACUCCAGAACUUAUAAGCAAAAAGCCUCCUGAUGACACUAUGGCCCUUGCUCCUCUCUUUGGCCCACCACUAGAAUCAGCUUUUGAUGAACAGAAGACGGAAGUUCUUUUAGACCAGCCUGAGAUAUGGGGUUCAGGCCAACCAAUUAAUCCAAGCAUGGAGUCGCCAAAGUUAACAAGGCCUUUUCCCACUGGAACACCUCCACCACUGCCUCCAAAAAAUGUACCAGCUACCCCACCCCGAACAGGAUCCCCUUUAACAAUUGGACCAGGAAAUGACCAGUCAGCCACAGAGAUCAAAAUUGAAAAACUACCAUCCAUCAAUGACUUGGACAGCAUUUUUGGGCCAGUAUUGUCCCCCAAGUCUGUUGCUGUUAAUGCUGAAGAAAAGUGGGUCCAUUUUUCUGAUACGUCCCCGGAACAUGUUACUCCGGAGUUGACUCCAAGGGAAAAAGUGGUGUCCCCACCAGCUACACCAGACAACCCAGCUGACUCCCCAGCUCCAGGCCCUCUCGGCCCCCCAGGUCCCAUGGGCCCCCCAGGGCCUCCCGGGCCUCCUCGCAAUGUACCAUCGCCGCUCAAUUUAGAAGAAGUCCAGAAGAAAGUCGCUGAGCAGACCUUCAUUAAAGAUGAUUACUUAGAAACAAUCUCAUCUCCUAAAGAUUUUGGGUUGGGACAAAGAGCAACUCCACCUCCCCCACCACCACCCACCUACAGGACUGUGGUUUCGUCCCCCGGACCUGGCUCGGGCCCUGGUACGGGGACCACCAGUGGUGCAUCAUCCCCUGCUCGACCAGCCACUCCUUUGGUUCCUUGCAGCAGUACCACUCCACCUCCACCCCCUCCCCGGCCUCCAUCCCGGCCAAAGCUACCACCAGGCAAGCCUGGAGUUGGAGAUGUGUCCAGACCUUUUAGCCCUCCCAUUCAUUCUUCCAGCCCUCCUCCAAUAGCACCCUUAGCGCGGGCUGAAAGCACUUCUUCAAUAUCGUCAACCAAUUCCUUGAGCGCAGCCACCACUCCCACAGUUGAGAAUGAACAGCCUUCCCUCGUUUGGUUUGACAGAGGAAAGUUUUAUUUGACUUUUGAAGGUUCUUCCAGGGGACCCAGCCCCCUAACCAUGGGAGCCCAGGACACUCUCCCUGUUGCAGCAGCAUUUACAGAAACAGUCAACGCCUACUUCAAAGGAGCUGAUCCAAGCAAAUGUAUCGUUAAAAUUACUGGAGAAAUGGUGUUGUCAUUUCCUGCUGGCAUCACCAGACACUUUGCCAACAACCCAUCCCCAGCUGCUCUGACUUUUCGGGUGGUAAAUUUCAGCAGGUUAGAACACGUCCUGCCAAAUCCCCAACUUCUCUGCUGUGAUAAUACACAAAAUGAUGCCAAUACCAAGGAAUUCUGGGUAAACAUGCCAAAUUUGAUGACUCACCUAAAGAAAGUGUCUGAACAAAAACCCCAGGCUACAUAUUAUAACGUUGACAUGCUCAAAUAUCAGGUGUCUGCCCAGGGCAUUCAGUCCACGCCUCUAAACCUGGCAGUGAAUUGGCGAUGUGAGCCUUCAAGCACUGACCUGCGCAUAGAUUACAAAUACAAUACAGAUGCAAUGACGACCGCUGUGGCCCUCAACAAUGUGCAGUUCCUGGUCCCCAUCGAUGGAGGAGUCACCAAGCUCCAGGCGGUGCUCCCACCAGCGGUCUGGAACGCUGAACAACAGAGAAUAUUGUGGAAGAUUCCUGAUAUCUCUCAGAAGUCAGAAAAUGGAGGGGUGGGUUCUUUGUUGGCAAGAUUUCAGUUAUCUGAAGGCCCAAGCAAACCUUCUCCAUUGGUUGUGCAGUUCACAAGUGAAGGAAGCACCCUUUCUGGCUGUGACAUUGAACUUGUUGGAGCAGGGUAUCGAUUUUCACUGAUCAAGAAAAGGUUUGCUGCAGGAAAAUACUUGGCAGAUAACUAAUAAAAUCUUAUGCAAGGAUUUGGAGGAUUCAUAUAAUGGAGAACUGAUGUAUGAGAAACAGGUUUUAAUUUUGGUUUGAUGAAAACAAACCAAUAUCUGCACUUGGGAUACAUCAGGUGGAAAGUCAAUGACUUUCAGCUGUGAUUUCCCUCACACAAUACCAUGAUGACCAGUCCUACAGUAUUUACUUCUAGGUGUAAUAUUGUUAAUGGUUUUAAAAUGUAAUUAUUGUAUUUGUAAAUUGUACUCUCAUUCCAGUAAAGCAGUUAGACACUUGAGUUUUAGCAUUUUACCAUUCCUGAAAUGGAUGUAAUUCAAACUGUGGUAUGUAAAUUUAAUAGUAGUAUUGUUGAAUGGCACAAUGCUUACAGAGGUAGAUUGCAUUUUGUCAAUAUAUAAAAUUUAAAUAUAAUAUUGAUAGCUGUCAUAAAGGGGGUGCCACAUAUUAAAGAAACUUAAGUGGAACCAGAAGAAAAAGAAACAAACUUACUUUUCUUCAAUCCUUAGUAUGUUUUACUCUAGUGCUAAAUAAAAAUUCUAUCUUCAAAUGUUUAGUGGGUUAAAUUGAGAAACUAUUUCAGAAAAAAAUUCUAAGGUUACAGCAUAUUCAAAGAAAAGCAUUAGUUACCACUUUUUAAAAAGCUUUUUUUUCAAACUGCAAAUUUCAUAAAAAUGCAAACUGUGUAAACAGGGCCUCUUAUUUUUAUAACUUGUGUAAAAAGGGAAAGCAAUUCAUAUUUAAAGUUUAAGUAUAUUAAAUUAUAAUCAAGAGUAAAGAAGAUGUUGAAGUCUUAACUACUUGCCCCUCUCUACAGUUUAGCAAAUGUGGGGAUUGCUGAAUAAUCAGUCAGACUAAAACCAAAAUUGUGAUUAUAAGAUUACAAGACUUUCUGUAGUUGAACUGGCUAACAACUUUUGCUUAAUUACUCUGAAUGGAUGAUCUUCCUCAUCCAGUAUGGGGGAAUGAUACCUCGCGUCUUCCUCUUUAUCCACAGGAAAUCAAAACACUAAGACUGAGAAUUUUAGGGGAAAAAAAAGUCCCCUGUUUAGAUCCAGAAGGGUUUUAAUCAUUGUUUAUAGCAUUUGAGAAUGAAAAAAUAAGCUUUAUAAAUGAAAUUCUAUUCACAUUACUGUGUAAUAAAUUUCCUUUCAGAUGAUUAAGAUUCAUUGUGUAAAACUGUAAAUCUUUGCCAUUCUUGGAGCAGCAAGAGGAGAGUUAUCAAAAAUGUAUGUCAUUUCAUCGUUGCAAGGUAUAAUAAAGACUGUAAUUAUUCAAUCUGGCCCCACCAUAUGAACAUUCAGAAAGACGAACUUCUUCAGGAGUCUCAGUUGUAAAACCUUCCCUCAUUCAGAUCUGAAAAUGUUAGUCUUCCUUUAAGUCCUAGAACUUAUUGAAACAUAAACCAAUUUUUAUUAUAGAUUAUGCUAUUAAAUAACUAUAAUUAUUAAGUUAUUACUUUUAUAAUUAGUUGUUAAAUUUUCAUUUUAUAUCCACUCAAAUUUAACAAAGAAUCUUUAGCCCCUUUAAAUUUUAGAAUGAAAUUAAAUUUUUAAAGUCUUACUUCUAAAAUGAGAUUGUGACUGGCAAUUGUUUAUAGUGAAACUUUUUAAAUUAAUCUUUGUACUCCUCUGUUAGUGCUUGCUACCAAAAGAAUGUUCAAGAUGAUUUGUUUUACCCUGAGAAAUUUCUUACUAUUCAACAAACUCUCAGUCGGCUCCCUAAAGCAGUCUGGUGUUGAAGUUUCUUUGAACAAACUAAUUAGUAUACUCAUUUUAUGUAAAGGCAUCCAAUUUGGAUUUUGAAACCAAAAUAGAAAAUGCAAAAUUCUAAAUUCCAUGAAACAUGGAAUUUAUGACACCAAAAUCAAUGGAGAGUAAGCAGCAGAAAACUGAGAAUUGUCCAGCAUAUGGAUAUAGCAAUGUGUUUUUAAGUAAUCAAUUCAUUUAAAAAUUUGAAUAUUAAUACAAAGCAUAUUAAAAACGUGUAAAUAUUA